ACACACUCACACACAUCCCCCCUUUUCAAUUCGCCCAAGAUGGCAUCGAGAAUCCUCUCUUCAGCAGGAGCGCGAGCAUUCGCCUCGACGAGCCUGGCUCACAAUGCAACACGCCGAACCUUUCAGUCAUCAGCACCGCGCCUGUACGCCGACGCGGCUGUCCCGCUGCCAGCUCGCAAGCCAUUGGGCGCAUUCCGUGGAGGGCUCUUUGGCUUCCUCCUCGGCGCGACGCUCGCUGGCUCUGGCAGCUACUACUACAUCCUGCAAGACUACAAAGCAUCGAACGAGCUCCUCCAGGACGAUAUCUAUGCACUUCAGGCGGCUACGCAGCGCAUGAGUAAUUACCUGACGACGCUGGAGGAGAAGAUCGAUACAAUGGAGAAGAAGCGCAAAUAGACGGCAGGAAAAUAGAUACAGCAAAACUAGGGGGGUUUCUCAACAGAAGGUCUAGGGAAAGGAGGAAAGAAGGGAGAAGGGCUUAAUUACUACGAGACUGUACAUUAAGACACAUACGAUGAGCAUUUGAAAAAGAAAACAAGAGGCAUAUUCCACCAACGACGACGAACGCUACGAUGGUAUCAAGGUGAUUGCUUGUUCCCACACUCUUUCAAGCGGCAAUAAUGGUCC